AUGUCUCCAUCAUCCAUUAUACUCCUCCAGCUACAGCAGCAUGGGACCCUGGGUAGGCAGUAGGCAGUCUAAUGAUGGAGGGUCAGCCCUCUCAUAGCUUUACAAAUUCAUAACAUUAUACUAUGUCUGACAGAGACUGAGAGAGGGAGAGGGGGGUGGGGGGGUGAAAGGACAAGAGAGGGAGAGAGAGAAGGUGUGAGAGAGAAGGUUUGUGUCUUUGUAUUUGAGAAAUACACACACACCCAGACACCGUGAGCAGCCCUUGGCAGUGCCCAGCCCAGGUCCAUUAGCAGGUUGUCUGUGUGUUAUGUGGUGUGGCCUGGAUAAUGCAGGUUGUUGUCACAUCUGACCCAUGCAGCUGGCCUCCACAGGAGAGGAGAGGAAGAGGCAGACUCACAGCUGCAGAGAAGCUCAAAUGCUGAAGCCAACGUCAUGUCUGCAAAGAGGCUCAUAUAAGCUUUACACCAUAUAAUUAGGAAUUGGAAGAGUAAUUUAAUAGGAUCUCUAUGCUUUACACUGUCUGUAACACCUCCUGGGCCUAUAUCAUGUCAUGAUGCCAUAGUACAGUAGUAUUCAUCUCUUGUCUAUUAUUUGCUGUACUGUAACAUUGUACCCUCGUUGUCAGGUCGUGUUAUCAGUAACUUUCCUGGUUAUCAUUUCUAUCCACAUCCUGUUUUUAUAAUCUCAAAUCUUCUUCUGACCUCGAUCAUGACUCAUGACCUACCAGGUGCUCUGAACCACAUGGCUUGGAUCUAAAGGACAGCUGCCCUGCCUCGCUUUUAGUGCUCCACAUCACCAUGGCAACACCUCCACUAACCCCCCCCCCCUGUUCCCCUCUGCAGGUUGGAAUGGGUGGAGAUCAUAGAGCCGCGCACGCGGGAACGCAUGUAUGCCAACCUCCUCACCGGAGAGUGUGUGUGGGACCCCCCGCAGGGGGUACGUAUUAAGAGGACGGGGGACAACCAGUGGUGGGAGCUGUUCGACCCCAACACCUCCCGCUUCUACUACUACAACGCUUCCACGCAACGCACUGUCUGGCACCGCCCACAGGCCUGUGACAUCAUCCCACUCGCCAAGUUACAGACGCUGAAGCAGCACACGGAUGUGCCCUGCCCGGGAGGGGGAGGAACAGGAGGAGACAGAGGGGGGAGGACGUCAGCUGAUAACAGCCCGGGGAGAAGCAGUGCGGUCAGUAGAGAGGGGAGCACCUCGUCUUCACUGGACCAGGAACUGACCGCAUCGGAGAAACAGGGGAACAGAGAGGAGGCAGACAGGUAACUGUACACACUACACUACACUGACCACAACCCUAACCCUAACACUACCACAACACUAACCCUAAACAUGAACACUGGACCAGGAACUGACCGCGUCGGAGAAACAGGGGAACAGAGAGGAGGCAGACAGGUAACUGUACACACUACACUACACUGACCACAACCCUAACCCUAACACUACCACAACACUAACCCUAAACAUGAACACUGGACCAGGAACUGACCGCGUCGGAGAAACAGGAGAAAAGGGGAGGCAGACAGGUUACUACAUACACUACACUUCCCCUGACCAUGACCCGACCACAAUCCUAACUCUUAACUCGACCACAGGGAGGCGGUAGACAGGUAUCUAAGUCUUAUACAGAACCAUGACCACAACCACAAAUCCUGUAGGUUCUCUGACUCUCUUUUCCCAUCUCUCUCUCUCUGUUUCUCUCUCGCUCCCUCUCUAUCUCCCUCCAUCUCCCUCUCUCUCCUCCUCUCUCUCUUCCUCCCUCUCUAUCUCUCUCUCUCUCCUCCUCUCUCCCCCCUCCCUCCCCCCUCCCUCCCGCAAUCUCGCCCUCCAUCUCUCCCACUCUCUCUGUCUCUCCCCCUCCCUCUCUCUCCCUCUCCCUCUCUCUCCAUCAUUCUCUCUCUCUCUCUAACGAGUCUGUCUUUUGCUCAUUAGCUGUAAUCUGCUGCAGUCUUCUGUGAUUGGUGGAAUUGCUUGGCCAGGGUCACAGUGUCCUGUAAAUGUGUUCUCUGCUCCUGUCCCUGCCAGAGCUGACAAUCCAGCUCUCCUCUCUCACACAUACACACACACACACACACACUCUCACACACAUAUUUUCAGUCAGUAUGUCCGCUCAGAGAGGUAGUGUUCAGUGGUAUUGGGUGGUUUUCAGAGUUCAUUAAUAAUGUUAGUGAUGUUGGGCCUCUGUAGCUCAUGUUAGUGAUGUGGUCCUCUGUAACUCAAUUGGUAGAGUAUGGCGCUUGUAACGCCAGGGUUGUGGGUUCGAUCCCCGGGACCACCCAUACGUUAAAAAAAUGUAUGCACACAUGACUGUAAGUCGCUUUGGAUAAAAGCGUCUGCUAAAUGGCAUAUUAUUAUUAUUUAUUAUUUGGGCAGUGUGUGGUUCAGUACUAGUUGUGCUCUAGGGUUUUUGUGAUUCCAGGACAUUAAAGAAAUGACUGGUUUGCAGUGUUUUCCGUAACUACAUGGAGUAGCCAUGGGAGUAGCCUAGAUAAAGUAGCCAGCCAGGGAGUUCCUGGCUGGGGGGGGUCAAUGGGGGCAGGCUCCGAAAAAAUUGCAGAACAAGCUCUAUUUUGGUGGCCUCUGGUACAUUCUAAUGCUUUGAUUCCAUCCAAAAUACACAGCUACAUUAUUGAAUAAUUGAACGACUUUACCUCCCAGAUUUGGUCAAAUUAGUUGUGGGAUUGAGUAGAUUGAGUGGAUAAGAGCAUCUGCUAAAUGACUAAAAUGUAAUAUUUGCAGUUUUCCCGCAAGAUAUGAAUGCCCACAAUGAUGUUUGUUCUUCAAAUUAUGUAUUUUGUUGGCUAUGCUGCUGUGGACACUUGGGGUAAGGAAACCAAAGUUUAAUUUUGUAAUUUGGGUGAACUAUCCCUUUAACAGUUUGGCCUGUCAAUCAAUCACUGUGGUUGGGAUCGUCAGGGGAGGGGGCAGGAUGUUUCUGAGUUACAGAGUUGGUAUGGUUUCAGACCUGUCAAUCAAUCACUGUGUGUGGAACUUUGAGGGAAGUCGGAAGAAUAGUAAUCUAGUCAGAAAAACUAGUAUAGUGUACACUUUUAAUAAAAUAUAUUGUGGCAAAAUAUUGUGUUCUGUCAAGUAAACAUGGAUUCCCUGUUGAGAAACAAUAUAGAAUUGCAGGAAAAUUGUUUUAAAAUGCAAAGACUUUCAUGGGGAGGACCCCCAAACCCCCGCCAGAUUGGGCACCCCCACUUUUAUACAAAGUCAGGCUCCCAUGAAUAGACCUACAGGUAUGAUUGAAUAAUGAAACAGGUUUUAAACAUGGGCUUUGCUACACAGAAGCAGCAGUUGACUACUCCAUUGUCGACACUUUAAUCAAAUCAGUAGGCCUAUAUCAAUAUCUUUAAUAAUACCAUAUAAGUAGUGGUCCUCUGUAGCUCAGCUGGUAGAGCACGGCGCUUGUAACGCCAAGGUAGUGGGUUCGAUCCCCAGACCACCCAUACACAAAAAUGUAUGCACGCAUGACUGUAAGUCGCUUUGGAUAAAAGCGUCUGCUAAAUGGCAUAAUAUUAUUAAGUAUCAUGACUAGUAUCAUGGUUAGCUUUUAUAACCAUGGACAAAUAAUUAUGUUGUAUGUUUUAUGAAUAGCAACGGGAUAUAGGAGAUGGACUUUAUUCAGUACAUUCAACACCUUUUAUAAACUAGUCAACACUUGCUGUUUGGUCAUCAAUCAAAGCACAGUAACUAGCCUAUGCACCCCAACUCCGUGGCCUAUUAAACACAGAAAAGAAGAUAACAUCUUCAAAGUGCACAUUGGAAUUCGGUAAGAAGGAUGCACGCCGUUGCAUCCUCGAGUUGCAUGUUCUGUUAAGACGAAUAGCCAUAAUCUAAAUGGGAUUUCUGUUAUUCUGAGCACUGUGGGUGGAUGCCCUAAUCAGGUUACGCACCCAAUGCAUAUGGGUCCGGUCAUUUUCUGAAAUGUCCGUUAAAUAAAAAUGCUGCCGGUCAAAUGUCCGCCGCCACAUUUUCCUAACGGAAAUCCUGGUGUGUGUGUGUGUGUGUGUACCAAUGCAUUGCCGUCAUCCUAAAUAUAAAGCAUUCUCUUUAUUGAACCACACAGAAGGGGGUUGGCAUCAUCCUCCUCCAUCCCCUCUCAGAAAUCACCCAAUGACCUCUGGAUGUUAGUACAUUUGUCUGUAAGACUGUCUAUGCAAAAACUGUUAUAGUGUCACCAUUAGGGAGUUAGGGACAGACAAAGGAGGUUGGGAACUGAGUGGCAGAGAGGAGUUUUUCUGCAGUGCUGUGGAGUUGAAAUUCAGCAGAGUUGAGUUGAGUCUAACUACCUGAAGGUCCAGCAUAUUGAUGAACAGAUCCAUAAUGCAUUGUAUACACUAAGCCUAUGUGUGUGUGUGUGUGUGUGUGUGUGUGUGUGUGUGUGUGUGUGUGUGUGUGUGUGUGUGUGUGUGUGCGCGCAUGUGUCAGAUCCAUAAUGUAUGUGGGGGAGGCCAGAUCUCACAGCCAUCUGGAGUUGAGCUUCAGAACCAGAGAAGUGACAGACUGCAGCUGUCAGCUCAACCUACCUGCCCUCACCUGAACACACACAUACACAUCACACACUCUCUUCUCCGACUCCUGCUGGGUUUGUGCUCAUACAGUAUAUGUGUCUAAUGUCCAUCAAAGGAUGCUGGCGCUCCAAAUUCCCCUUUGAUUUGACAUCAUUGUAAGAGUUGGUUGGUGACAGGUUGGUUGAUCACAUUGAUUGAGUUAAUUAAAUGGUUGCAGUGGCUAAAGCCACGCGUAGUCAAUACACCUGGUGUUCAACCUUCCUAAGUUCUCCCAUGUCACCCCACUCCUCCGCACACUCCACAUCAUCUUCAAGACCCUGGUGCUUGCCUACGGAGCAGCAAGGGGAACUGCCCCUCCUUACCCUCAGGCUAUGCUCAAAUCCUAUAUCCCAACCCGAGCAUUCCAUUCCGCCACCUCUGGUCUCUUGGCCCACCCACCCCUACGGGAGGGCAGCUCCCACUCAGCCCAGUCCAAGCUCUUCUCUGUCCUGGCACCCCAAUGGGAGGGCAGCUCCCACAGCCCAGUCCAAGCUCUUCUCUGUCCUGGCACCCCAAUGGGAGGGCAGCUCCCACAGCCCAGUCCAAGCUCUUCUCUGUCCUGGCACCCCAAUGGGAGGGCAGCUCCCACAGCCCAGUCCAAGCUCUUCUCUGCCCUGGCACCCCAAUGGGAGGGCAGCUCCCACAGCCCAGUCCAAGCUCUUCUCUGUCCUGGCACCCCAAUGGGAGGGCAGCUCCCACAGCCCAGUCCAAGCUCUUCUCUGUCCUGGCUCCCCUACGGGAGGGCAGCUCCCACUCAGCCCAGUCCAAGCUCUUCUCUGUCCUGGCACCCCAAUGGGAGGGCAGCUCCCACUCAGCCCAGUCCAAGCUCUUCUCUGUCCUGGCUCCCCAAUGGUGGAACCAGCUUCCCCCUAAAGUCAGGACAGCGGAGUCCCUGCCCAUCUUUAAAAACAUCUGAAACACUACCUCUUUGAAGAGUAACUUAAAUAACUCUCACAGCACCCCCCCCCCAGUGUGGAGGGAGAGAUUCAGAGUGGAAGAUAAUUCAUUGAUAUAGCACUUUUCUACCAACUGAGGGACUGAAAGCACUUUACAAAGUAGGGGGAAACUCACCUCAUCAACCACCAAUGUGUGGCACCCACCUGGGUGAUGCACGGCAACCAUUUUUGUGCCAGAAUGCUCACCACACAUCAGCUAUAGCAGUGAGAUAUGCCAAUUAGGAAUGAGGGGGAUGAUUAGGUGGUCAUGAUGGAAUGGGGCCAGGUUGGGAAUUUAGCCAUGACACCGAGGUUACAAUAAGUGCCAAUGGGAUGUCUUAUGACCACAGAGAGUCAGGCCAUCUGUUUUACAUCCCACCCUACGCAGGGCAAUGUCCCGUUCACUGCUCUGGGGCAUUGGGAUUGCCUUAGACCAGAGGGAAGAGUGCCUCCUACUGGCCCUCCAACACCACUUCCAGCAGCAUCUGGUCUCCCAUCCAGGGACCAACCAGGACCAACCAGGACCAACCAGGACCAACCCUGCCUAGCUUUAGAGACAAGGCAGCAGUGGAAUGCAGGGUGUACAUUUAUUUGAAGGUCAAAUGGAUAUGAAUCAUUUAUGGCUAGGGAAAGGAGGAUCAAUGUUCACUUUGUACUGAGUUUUUAGGGAGAGAGAGAGAGAGAGGUAGAGAUUUAAAGAGCUGGAUGGAAGGAGAGAAGACAGGCAAGGGAGUGACAGAGAGGCCAGGAGGGAGAACAAGAUAUGUUAGAGGAGAUGUGGAGAGAGGGAGCGAGGGGAAAAAGAAGAGGAGAGGUGGUUUUGUAUCUAAUGGCUCCCUAGCACAGUGUGGUCUAACCCAACAUACACAACCCUGUAAUCCUUCCUCCUACCCCCUCAACACACACACACACGCUCAUUGGCCACCCCAGUAACUAUGGAAGCUGAGGGUGGCCAGUGCUACAAUCGAUUUCACACCUCUUUCUCUCUCUCUUUCUCUGCCUUUCUCCUUCCCUCGCUCCAUCUCUAUCUCUCUCCCCCUCUCUCCUAAAACUCAUCAUUUAUAUUUCUCUCACAGUUUCUCUCUGUUGUUGGGUGUUUAUUGAAAAACAUUCAGUAUUGUGAUACACAGUUAAUAUAUUGCAUUAAAACAAUCCCAUAAGAAUACAACAAUACUUUAUGAGAAUGCCAUGAUUAGGUUUAGGUGUAGCUUUCCUGCCAGGGUCCAGUUGUACCUGUCUCCUGAGCAGCAGGUCCGGACAUUGCUGUGAUGUCUGCUGUGUGACUGACAGCAGCACCAGGUCAACUGUGUAGAACAGUGGCUUCACACCCUGAUCCCAUAUCUGUUUGUGCUGACUUGCCAACUCCUAUGGUCAUUGUCACACCACAGGAGUUGGGACCAGGCUAGGGGUUUCACUCCUGUCUCUGACUGUUCAGUUUUGUUCCAACCACUAACUAAUCUAUGGGAAAGUUGAAAUGCUAUGCUGUGUUGCACUGCAUCAUUGUGUGUGUCUGUGUUCAAACUUUGUCGGGAUUUACUUUGCACACCACACAUCAGUAACUGAACAGAAUCACACCUGACAGCUCCUUUGUCCCCUGUGCCAAAUAUAAUAAUUAACUCUCUCUCUCUCUCUCUCUCUCUCUCUCUCUCUCUCUCUCUCUCUCUCUCUCUCUCUCUCUCUCUCUCUCUCUCUCUCUCUCUCACUCUACCUUUCUCUGCCCCCCCCUCCACCUCAGGACCUCUCCAUUCAGAUGGAACACAGGUACCAAGGAGAGGAUGCUGAUCAAGGUGACAGACAGAGAACCCAGCUUCCUCUCUCACCAGGGGAACGGUUACUCCCCCUGCGACCCCCCUACCCUCACCCCCGUCCCCGCACCUGGCACCGGCACCGCCUCCCGUAUCCGCCGUUCCUCUGGAGGAUCGGCACCCCCUGACAGCGGCCCCGACGGCUCUCCAAUCCUCUACGUCGACCGCCGCCAGUCGCCCUUCCUGAAACGGGCGGAGCUAGGGGGCGGAGGUACCGGGACACACCGCCGCCCCUCGGCCGACUCACAGCCCCCCUCCCCACGCUACGCCUACGAACCCCCCCUCUACGAGGAGCCCCCCUCGGAGGUACGACACUCCAACAUAGUUACAGAAACACAUUCAUAAAACAUCUAAAAACACACCUCUUUCAGCUAGCCUAUGGUAUGCUCUGUGAUUGACUCUGUUUUACUUGCCUCUUUGUGUCUUUCCCAGUAUCCCUAUGUGAUCUGUCUUGUUUUGUUUGGUCUUAUGAUUGAUUUUAAUUGCACUAGGAUUUGAUUUCCGCCUGUCUUUUCUGUAUGCAGUUUCUACACUUUUUUGGGAUACUAAUUGUUUUUUAUUAUUCUAGUACCAGCCCCCGCCCAUCUACGAGGAACCGCCCACGGACGUGAUGCACCACCUGGGCUCUGACUCCUCCUUGCUGUAUGGCACAGGGAAGUCUCCGGCACGGGGAAAGCCCUCCUCGGGGACGCCCCUCUACCACUCUCCCAAACUGAGCCACUCCCCCUACGGCCAGCUGGUGCUGACCAAACAGAAGUGUCCAGAGAAGACCCAGAGUCUGGAGUACAGCCCUGCAGGGAAGGAGUAUGUCAAACAGCUGGUCUACGUGGAACAGGUAGGUAUUCUAGAGGUUAGAGAAGUGGGCCAGCCACCGGCGGGUUGCCGGCUUGAAUCCCAUGUCUGACAGUAGGACGGUAACUGGAGAGUUGCUGGCACCAGUUGGACAUUUGUGUACAUUAGACAAUAAAGUAAUCUUCUUCUUCUUCCUCCUCCAACAGUCCUCCUCCAGCCCACGUUUUAAGACAGCUGACCGGCUCCUUCGCUAUGGGACCUCCACGGCCACCCCCUCCUCCAUGGGGGGGUAUGGGGGCUCCUACGGAGGCUCCUACACCCUCCAACACAGCCAGAGUCUGAUCCGGGACCCCCGGCUGCUGCUGGACUACGGGGGCGGGGAGGGGGGCGAGGGCGGAGGCCAGAGGUUGCUCUAUGAGGACUCAAUGUCCUGGAGCUCCAGUCAGCACCACUCCCUCUCCCUCUCUGGGUCUACAGGAGGAGGGGGCUUCUCGCCCGGGGGGAACCGCAAACGCAAGACCCGGAAACCUUCCCUGCCCCAGGAGCUGGGGAGGUGUGGAGGGGGUGGUGGUGUUGGGGCGGACUGGGAGGAGGGGCCGAUGUCGGGGACCCUGUCGGAGGCGGUGUUGAACCAGUCCAGGCUGGCGUGGGAGGCCCAGCAGGUGAUGAAACAGAGGAGCAGUUGGGACUCAGCCCCGGGGGAAGGGGGCUCGGCCGGGGGCUCUAACCAGGGAGGGGGCUCUAAAGACGGGUACGAGAGCGAUGGGGCGGUGCCCCUGCCUUUGCCAGGCCCAGUGGUGAGGGCGUUUAGCGAGGACGAGGCGUUAGCACAGAGCGACGGGCACCACGGGCAUUACCACUGGAAACGCAGCACCUUCGACAGACUGGGCUUCCCUCAGGCACUGCUGGAGAAGAGCCUGUCUGUACAGACCAACCUGGCCUCGCCUGAACCCUUCCUACACCCCUCACAGGUAUACACACACACACACACACACACACAGCCUGUCUGUACAGACCAACCUGGCCUCGCCUGAACCCUUCCUACACCCCUCACAGGUAUACACACACGCACACACACACACACACAGCCUGUCUGUACAGACCAACCUGGCCUCGCCUGAACCCUUCCUACACCCCUCACAGGUAUACACACACACACACACACACACACAGCCUGUCUGUACAGACCAACCUGGCCUCGCCUGAACCCUUCCUACACCCCUCACAGGUAUACACACACACACACACACACGCACACACACACACACACAGCCUGUCUGUACAGACCAACCUGGCCUCGCCUGAACCCUUCCUACACCCCUCACAGGUAUACACACGCACACACACACACACACAGCCUGUCUGUACAGACCAACCUGGCCUCGCCUGAACCCUUCCUACACCCCUCACAGGUAUACACACACGCACACACACACACACACACACACACACACACACACACACACAGCCUGUCAGUGCAGUGCAGACUCUAGCUCUUAUAUUCUAUAUUCUGUGUGUGUGUGUGACUGUGUGACUGUGUGACUGUGUGACUGCGAACUCUAGCUCAUCUUCUCUGUCACAGAGACACGCCCUAGCUGCCGUAGGUCCAUGAAUGUUUUAUCAUGUGCAGAAUCAGAUCAUUAUUUGAAUGGACUGAGAUUGGUUUAUGUAAUACCAGGGGUUGAAACCUAAAUUAUUUUCCAAUCGUUUCGUUCUGAACAGAAUCAUUAAUUUUUUCGUUCCGUUCCACUGUUCUGACCAGUAAAAUAAAGUUCUAAUAAAGUUCUGAACCGGUUUGAACCAAAGAAACUCCAGGUUUAUAUCAUUCCUUUCUGUUCCUUUUUAAACCUCUGAAAUCGUCAUUUUUUUACAUUUAGCUUGACAUUCAAUUACUUCACCAAUUAUGCAGUGCGGAUAGAGCAGCUUGCUAGGGAGCGGGCAAGCUAUAGCUCAGUGAGUUGUUUAAAAAUGGAAAGAUAAGUGUAGGGGGCGAGAUACAACUGAAAUUUUGCGGGUGAGGAGAGAGCGAGAGAGGGUGGAGGAGGAAGCUUGGUUUGAAGCGCUGGGCAUCUUGUGAUGACAUGCGUUAUCUGAAUUAGGCCCACAGAAUUAUGCCUACGGAGCGGCUUCCAUGAAGGAACUUUGAAUGUCUUUGAACUUCAGAGUUUUAACAUUGGACCAGAGCUAGCUAGCUAGCUAACAAGCUUGUGUGUGCAGAGCGGAACUAUAAUUAAAAACACGUCUUACCUUUUUGUAGUUAAUAAAUCCAAUGUGAAAUGUGAUAACUAUAGUAUCCCUAACUAGCAUUGAAAAAGUUGAUCCAUUCUUUUCUAAUUAAAAAUUGCUCUCCCUCUUUUGAAUGACGCUUGUAACGUCAGUAGGCUAUAGCUAUGCUUCGGAGAGGGAGGGGCAGUUAGCCUACAUGCACACACACUGGCAAAGAUUUCCAGCUGGCAGCCAGACACUGCAUGAAGUUUCUGACUGAAAGACGGCGGGCUUUGCAUAGCACUUUGUUGUGUUUUUUUGUGGGACCAGAGCGUAAAAUAACGUUAUUAACCGGUUCCCAUGCUUUUCAAAUAACGGUUCUGUUCCGGAACAGUAUAGAUCACUUUCGUUCCCGGUUCUGAUUCUGUUCCUUGAAUAUUAUUAUUAUUUUUUGCGGUUUUUUGUUCUGUUCUCUGAACCGGUUCCAACCCCUGUGUAAUAUCCAUACUGCUGCUACUGCCACUUAGACAGGGACUGACCUGGACUCUCUGUACCAGAUAGGCCACACACACACACGUUAUGUUCUUCUAUCCUCGUAGGGACCAAAAAAAAUAAUAAUUAAAAAUCCUAUUUUCCCUAACCCUAAACCUAAUCCUUACCAUAACCUUAACCCAAAUCCUUACCAUAACCUUAACCCAAACCCUUAUUGUAACCCUAAACCUAACCCCUAAGCUUAAAAUAGCCUUUGUCCUAAUAUAAUAUGCCAUUUAGCAGACGCUUUUAUCCAAAGCAACUUACAGUCAUGCGUGCAUACAUUUUUAUGUAUGGGUGGUCCCGGGGAUUGAACCCACUACCCUGGCGUUACAAGCGCCAUGCGCUACCAAUUGAGCUACAGAGUCCCCACGACUUUCCUUGUUUUAUGUGUGUGUGUGUGUGGGUUGGUUGGUUCUUCUGUCCUUGUGGGGACCUAAAAUCACCAAAAGUCCCCACAAGGACAGAAGAACCAACCAACCCACACACACACACACACACACACACACGUACACACUGCCACGUACCAUCACUUAGAAUGUAGGCACAGAUCACCAGAAUACAGGACUGAUCUAGACUCACUGUACCAGACAGGCCUACACUAACUUGGACGCAAGCAUGUACACACACCCAUGCACACACACAUCCCAACACAUGCACAGAAAGGCAUUGACACACCAGGCCAUAAACAAAGACACACAGAGACACAUGUCACAUGCUCCCACACCUCCCUGUGUGCUGCUGGAUGUGUGAGACAAGAGUGACAGCAGGUCUGCUUUAAGGUGUGAAGAGAGAUGGGAGCCAUGCCAGAGAAGGAUUGGAGCCUGUGGGGGAACUACAAGCCAGAUUUAUUCUGCUUCAUAUGUGCAGCCCUCCCUCCCUCUCUUUCCCAUUCCUUCAAUUAUCCAUCCUUUCUCUUAGCUCUCCAUCUCUCUCUCUCUCGCUCUCGCAUCUUCCUCUCGUCUCUCUCCUCUCGUCUCUCUCUCCUCUCUCUCUCAUCUGCAUCAUCCACCAUCAUCCAUUAUAAAUCCCCAUCACAUAAACACACACCACACCCACCACACUCACACUUGUGUGUGCCUGAUUGCGAUAACUUGGCCCUCACAUAAGAGAAAUCUGCCCCCAUCACAACCAUCAGAGAGAAAGAGGGAGGAAGGGAGAGAUAGAGUGGUGGGGGGUGAGAGAGAGAGAGGGGAAUAGGCACUUGGGGAGAGGGAGAGAUGGGGGAGUUAGUGGAAAAUAGCAGGCCUGAAAGUGCUUACCAAGGAACACAGUGCUACUGAAACUCAGAACAGGGAGAACACAGUUCUACUGAAACUCAGAACAGAGAGAACACAGUUCUACUGAAACUCAGAACAGAGAGAACAGUGCUACUGAAACUCAGAACAGAGAGAACACAGUGCUACUGAAACUCAGAACAGAGAGAACACAGUUCUACUGAAACUCAGAACAGAGAGAACACAGUGCUACUGAAACUCAGAACAGAGAGAACACAGUGCUACUGAAACUCAGAACAGAGAGAACACAGUUCUACUGAAACUCAGAACAGAGAGAACAGUGCUACUGAAACUCAGAACAGAGAGAACACAGUGCUACUGAAACUCAGAACAGAGAGAACACAGUUCUACUGAAACUCAGAACAGAGAGAACACAGUGCUACUGAAAUUCAGAACAGAGAGAACACAGUGCUACUAAAACUCAGAACAGGGAGAACACAGUUCUACUGAAACUCAGAACAGAGAGAACACAGUGCUACUAAAACUCAGAACAGAGAACACAGUGCUACUGAAACUCAGAAAAGAGAGAACACAGUGCUACUGAAACUCAGAACAGAGAGAACACAGUGCUACUGAAACUCAGAACAGAGAGAACACAGUGCUACUGAAACUCAGAACAGAGAGAACACAGUGCUACUGAAACUCAGAACAGAGAGAACACAGUGCUACUGAAACUCAGAACAGAGAGAACAGUUCUGCUGAAACUCAGAACAGAGAGAACACAGUUCUACUGGAACUCAGAACAGAGAGAACACAGUGCUACUGAAACUCAGAACAGAAAGAACACAGUUAUACUGAAACUCAGAACAGAGAGAACAGUGCUACUGAAACUCAGAACAGAGAGAACACAGUGCUACUGAAACUCAGAACAGAGAGAACACAGUUCUACUGAAACUCAGAACAGAGAGAACACAGUUCUACUGAAACUCAGAACAGAGAGAACACAGUGCUACUGAAACUCAGAACAGAGAGAACACAGUGCUACUGAAACUCAGAACAGAGAGAACACAGUGCUACUGAAACUCAGAACAGAGAACACAGUGCUACUGAAACUCAGAACAGAGAGAACACAGUGCUACUGAAACUCAGAACAGAGAGAACAGUUCUGCUGAAACUCAGAACAGAGAGAACACAGUUCUACUGGAACUCAGAACAGAGAGAACACAGUGCUACUGAAACUCAGAACAAAGAGAACACAGUGCUACUGAAACUCAGAACAGAGAGAACACAGUGCUACUGAAACUCAGAACAGAGAACACAGUGCUACUGAAACUCAGAACAGACAGAUAGAAAGAAAAAAUGAGACGUUAAAAGGGAAAAAAUAUGACAGUCCUCUAAUCUCUCUUUCCUCACAGCAUUCCAUUUUCACGUCAUGUGUUUGUCUACUGCUACUGUUUCUCUCUUUUCUCUCUUUCGCUGUUAAUUAUGUUUGUACGAGGAUAAUGAGGAGUCUGGUUUGACAGUCUUUCUGUAUUUCUCUCUCUUUCUCUCUCCCUCUCAACCUUACUCUCGCUUUCUCUCUCUCUCCCUCCCUCUCUCUCUGUCUCUCCUCUCUCUCUCUCUCUCUCUCCCUCCCUCUCUCUCUGUCUCUCCUUCUCUCUCUCUCUCUCUUUCUCUCUCCCUCCCUCUCUCUCUGUCUCUUCCUCUCUCCCUCAGUCAGAGGAUCUUGGAGCGUGUGCUCAGUUUGAGGCGAGUCGGAAUGCUCGGAACAUGAUGCCCAGCACCAGCUGUGGAGUGUUCCCUGAAUUCACCUUGAGGAAGCCAUCCUCCGAGACUGACAUCGAGAACUGGGCCUCCAAACACUUUAACAAACACACACAGGUACACCCACACACACGCACACAAACACACACACACACACUUAACUUUACACCUUAACACACACUGAUACACAACAGACACACACACACACUCCGCUUUACAAUUUAAAGUACACAGGAACAGACACACUCUCACGUUAAACCCAGUACUCACUGUCUCACACAAACACAUUUAUAUAAUAUCUACAUUUACAUUACGUUUUAAUCAUUUACCAGACGCUCUUAUCCAGAGCGACGUACAGUUAGUGAGUGCAUACAUUUUUCAUACUAGGAUAACUAAAGCAAAAUAUUCACCUAUCACUCCUUCCUCCUCCUCCUCCUCCUCCUCCUCCUCCUCCUCCUCCUCCUCCUUCCUCUCCCCCCUCCUCUUCCCUCUCCUCCUCCUUCUCUUCCUCUCCCCCCCCCGUCCUCUUCCUCUUCCUCCCUCUCUCAGGGUCUUUUCCGGCGUAAGGUGUCCAUAGCCAACAUGCUGGCGUGGAGCAGUGAGCCAAUCAAGAAGCCCAUGAUCGUGACGUCAGACCGUGCGGUGAAGAGAGAGGCGGUGGAGAUCUUUAAACUCAUCCAGACCUAUAUGGGAGACCGCCGGGCCAAGACUGACCCGCUCACUGUCGCCCUGGAGGUCUGCAGACCCUCUGAUAUCCUUAUGUCAUGUCCCAAAUGGCACCCUAUUCUCUAUAUAGGGCACUACUUUGGACCAGAGCCCUUAUGGACCCUGGUCAAAAGUAGUGCACUGGAAGUGGAAAGGGUGCCAUUUUGGACUCAGCCCAUGUCUCCCAGCCCAUGUCUCCCCUUCUGCAGCCAUGUGUCAUUUUAUGUGCUUUAAGCUUCAAUAUAUCUUCAGUUUCUGAUUUUGUGCAUCAAGGAAAUAAACAUGACUUAAUAAUCCCCCCCCCCCCCCUCAUUUCCUCUCUGUCUUUCUCUCUCUCUUUCGCGCCAAGACUGGCCUCCUGAACAUCGCCCUGGAGGUCUGCAUAGACCCUUUUAUUACCCCUCUCUCCUUUCUCUCCUUCUAUCUACUUGUUCAUGUCUCUCUUUGAAUCUCUCACUUCUCUCCUUUUUCACUCUGUUAUUUUAUGCAUUUAUGUCUUUUAAGCUUCAAUUUACCUUCAGUUUAUUAAUUCUGCACAUCAUGGAAACAUAUGUGACUUUUAAUAAUUCUCUUCUCUUCCUUCUCUUCCUUCACUCUGUCCUUUCCCUCUCUUUUCUCCCCAGGUGGCAGUGCGCGGUUGGAGCAGCCAGGGUCUUCGUGAUGAGCUCUACAUUCAGCUGUGUCGUCAGACUACAGGUGCGCACGCACACCACACACUCACACGGUCAGCUUUACACCUGAACACACACACUGUAUAACACUAACAGUGUGUAAACUACUGUACAUGUAAUUAACAAAGUGAUUAAUUAAUUAGACACAGGCUUGUUGCGCAGUCAACCUGAAGUCAAAUGAACUCUAACCCCAUCCACUACUUCUCACAGAAAACUUCCGCUAUGAUAGUCUGGAGAGGGGCUGGGAGCUCAUGGCUGUGUGUCUGGCCUUCUUCCCCCCAACUCCACGCUUCCACUCAUACCUGGAGGGAUACAUCUACAGACACAUGGACCCCCUCAACGAUACUAAAGGUGGGAUGAGAAAUAGUGUUUGAUGUGUGUAGUGGCUGGCUGGCUGUGGCUAUGCCUUGUAAUGGCGCAGACAGACCAACCCAACCUUUGGCCAUUCAUAGUAGAUCACCAGCUGGGCAUCCACGAUGUUGGCGAUUUAACAUGUAGAAUCAUCAGGAAAUGAAUCGAAAAUAAUGCCGAUUUUCGGUGGUCAGAUACAGGAUGGCCACCCGCUGCUAAUUACCUUUCAUAUGCGCAGUCUGUUUUUCCCUUUAGACUUCCCAAACUGUCAGUUAUGGUCUGUUUUCCCCUUUAGACUUCCCAAGCUGUCAGUUAUGGUCUGUUUUCCCCUUUAGACUUCCCAAGCUGUCAGUUAUGGUCUGUUUUCCCCUUUAGACUUCCCAAGCUGUCAGUUAUGGUCUGUUUUCCCCUUCAGACUUCCCAAACUGUCAGUUAUGGUCUGUUUUCCCCUUCAGACUUCCCAAGCUGUCAGUUAGGGUCUGUUUUCCCCUUCAGACUUCCCAAGCUGUCAGUUAGGGUCUGUUUUCCCCUUCAGACUUCCCAAGCUGUCAGUUAGGGUCUGUUUUCCCCUUUAGACUUUGCAAGCUGUCAGUUAGGGUCUGUUUUCCCCUUUAGACUUUGCAAGCUGUCAGUUAGGGUCUGUUUUCCCCUUUAGGCUUCCCAAGCUGUCAGUUAUGGUCUGUUUUCCCCUUUAGACUUCCCAAGCUGUCAGUUAUGGUCUGUUUUCCCCUUCAGACUUCCCAAGCUGUCAGUUAUGGUCUGUUUUCCCCUUCAGACUUCCCAAGCUGUCAGUUAGGGUCUGUUUUCCCCUUUAGACUUUGCAAGCUGUCAGUUAGGGUCUGUUUUCUCCUUUAGACUUCCCAAACUGUCAGUUAUGGUCUGUUUUCCCCUUUAGACUUCCCAAGCUGUCAGUUAUGGUCUGUUUUCCCCUUUAGACUUCCCAAGCUGUCAGUUAUGAUCUGUUUUCCCCUUCAGACUUCCCAAGCUGUCAGUUAUGGUCUGUUUUCCCCUUUAGACUUCCCAAACUGUCAGUUAUGGUCUGUUUUCCCCUUUAGACUUCCCAAGCUGUCAGUUAUGGUCUGUUUUCUCAUUUAGACUUCCCAAACUGUCAGUUAUGGUCUGUUUUCCCCUUUAGGCUUCCCAAGCUGUCAGUUAUGGUCUGUUUUCCCAUUUAGACUUCCCAAGCUGUCAGUUAUGGUCUGUCUUCCCCUUUAGGCUUCCCAAGCUGUCAGUUAUGGUCUGUUUUCCCCUUUAGACUUCCCAAGCUGUCAGUUAGAGUCUGUUUUCCCCUUUAGACUUCCCAAGCUGUCAGUUAGGGUCUGUUUUCCCCUUUAGACUUCCCAAGCUGUCAGUUAUGGUCUGUUUUCUCCCCUUUAGACUUCCCAACUGUCAGUUAGGGUCUGUUUUCCCCUUUAGACUUCCCAACUGUCAGUUAGGGUCUGUUUUCCCCUUUAGGCUUCCCAAGCUGUCAGUUAUGGUCUGUUUUCCCCUUCAGACUUCCCAAGCUGUCAGUUAUGGUCUGUUUUCCCCUUCAGACUUCCCAAGCUGUCAGUUAUGGUCUGUUUUCCCCUUUAGACUUCCCAAGCUUUCAGUUAGGGUCUGUUUUCCCCUUUAGACUUCCCAAACUGUCAGUUAGGGUCUGUUUUCCCCUUUUAGACUUCCCAAGCUGUCAGUUAUGGUCUGUUUUCCCCUUUAGACUUCCCAAGCUGUCAGUUAUGGUCUGUUUUCCCCUUUAGACUUCCCAAACUGUCAGUUAGGGUCUGUUUUCCCCUUAGGGCGGCAGGUAGCUUAGUGGUUAAGAGCGUUGUGCCAGUAACCGAAAGGUCGCUGGUUCUAAUCCCCGAGCCGACUAGGUGAAAAAUCUGUCGAUGUGCCCUUGAGCAAGGCGCUUAACCCUAAUUGCUCCUGUAAGUCGCUCUGGAUAAGAGCGUCUGCUAAAUGACCUAUUAUUAUUAUUUAGACUUCCCAAACUGUCAAUUAUGGUCUGUUUUCCCCUUUAGACUUCCCAAGCUGUCAGUUAUGGUCUGUUUUCCCCUUCAGACUUCCCAAGCUGUCAGUUGGGGUCUGUUUUCCCCUUUAGACUUCCCAAGCUGUCAGUUGGGGUCUGUUUUCCCCUUUAGACUUCCCACACUGUCAGUUAUCUGCAUCCUCAGUCCUGUUAUCUAGAGAAUAUGCGUCUCCCUAAACUGCUAGGCUCUGUGUGUGUGUGUGUGUGUGUGUGUGUGUGUGUGUGUGUGUGUGUGUGUGUGUGUGUGUGUGUGUGUGAUUUGUGUUUGGCUGACUGGCCACAGAUUGGGUUGUUAUUGGAGCCUUUCACCUCAGCAUACCACAGUUGAAUUCUCUCUCUAGUUCUACCCAUUAGUUCUACCCAUUAGACAGUUACUGAACGGGGUUUGCAGAUAUAACCUUCACUUCCUUCCCCUCACUGGUCCCGCCCCAUCGGGGUCCCACCCUCCCUGCUCUGCUCUUCCUCUGUCUCUCACCACUCUCUUCCUCUGGUCUCUCCCCCUCUCUUCUCUGCUCUCCCCCUCUUUCUGUCUCCCCCUCUUCUUCCCUUCUCUUCCCCCUCCUCUUCGCUCUUGGCUUUCCCCCUCUCUCUCUUGUCGCUACCCGCCCUCUCUUCCUCUCUCUGCAACCGAACCCCUCUCUCACUCUUCCUCUGUCUCUCCCCCUCUCUCCUCUUCUCCCCCCCUCAUCUCCCCUUCUUUCCCCCUCUCUUGUGCCUCUCUCCCUCUCUUCCUCUGUCUCCCCUCUCUCCUUGCUUCCCUAACCGGGCCCCCUCUUUAUGGUCCACCCCCUCUUCCUCUGUCUCCUCCCCUCCGCGUCCUCUACCGUUCCGUACCUCUGUCUCUCUCCUUCUUCUCUGUUUCCGACCUCUACCUCCUCUUCUCUCUCCUCGCUCCCCCCCUCCUUCUCUUGUCCUCUCCCUCCCUUCCUCUUCUCUCCCUCCUCUUCCUCUGUCGCUACCCCUCUCUUCCUCUUUCUCUCCCCCUCUCUUCCUCUGUCUCUCCCCCUCUCUUCCUCUGUCUCUCCCCCUCUCUUCCUCUGUCGCUACCCCUCUCUUCCUCUUUCUCUCCCCCUCUCUUCCUCUGUCUCUCCCCCUCUCUUCCUCUGUCUCUCGCCUCCCCUCCUCUUUCCUUGUCUUACCCUCUCUUCCUCUGUCCUACCCCUCUCUUUGUACUUCUUGAGCUCUUCCUAUAUGUAUCUGCCUUCAUCUUUCGCUUCCUCUCAUCUCCUCUCUUAAGCUUCAAACUCUCCUUUGGACUCAUUGAGCCUUCAGUAUAUGUAUCGCCUCAAUCCUUCUCUUACUAAAUACGUACAUUACUAUGAUACUAUUACCUAUUUUAAUUAUAUGGUCUUCUGUAGUAAACUGUAGUAAAAUGUAGUAUACUGUAGAAUACUAUACUACACUCUGUAGAAUCCCUCGAUCAUGUGUAGUACUUACUAUAGAAUUUGGUAGUAUACUGGAGAAUACUAUACUCCACACUGUAGUAUCCAUUGAUCAUGUACUGCUUACUUCAGAAUGUUGUAGUAUACUGGAGAAUUCUAUACUACUCACUGUAGUAUCCCUCAAUGGUGUAGUGCUUACUAUUUUAUUUUGUAGUAUACUGUAGAAUACUAUAAUGCACACAGUAGUAUCCCUCGGUCAUGUGUAGUGCUUACUAUAGAAUUGUGUUGUAUACUGUAGAAUACUAUAUUAAAUACUACAGUAAUGUCUGCAAAAACACUACAGUAAUAAGUAUAGUAUAUACUACCAUUUGUACUGUAGUAAUACUGCAAUAUUUAAUUUGCAUAUACUCCACCCAUUCCCGUCUUCCAUAUCCAUAUUUGUGCCACCCAUGAGUGAGAAACCUACAUGCCAAGUAUAGACCAUAUAUUGUGUUCCCUACAGGUUAUAGAAAAGAGCAGAAGCUCUGAACUACAGUGGGGAGAACAAGUAUUUGAAACACUGCCGAUUUUGCAGGUUUUCCUACUUACAAAGCAUGUAGAGGUCUGUAAUUUUUAAAAUCCAGAAAAUCACAUUGUAUGAUUUUUAAGUAAUUAAUUUGCAUUUUAUUGCAUGACAUAAGUAUUUGAUCACCUACCAACCAGUAAGAAUUCCAGCUCUCACAGACCUGUUCGUUUUUCUUUAAGAAGCCCUCCUGUUCUCCACUCAUUACCUGUAUUAACUGCACCUGUUUGAACUCGUUACCUGUAUAAAAGACACCUGUCCACACACUCAAUCAAACAGACUCCAACCUCUCCACAAUGGCCAAGACCAGAGAGCUGUGUAAGGACAUCAGGGAUACAAUUGUAGACCUGCACAAGGCUGGGAUGGGCUACAGGACAAUAGGCAAGCAGCUUGGUGAGAAGGCAACAACUGUUGGCGCAAUUAUUAGAAAAUGGAAGAAGUUCAAGAUGACGGUCAAUCACCUUCGGUCUGGGGCUCCAUGCAAGAUCUCACCUCGUGGGGCAUCAAUGAUCAUGAGGAAGGUGAGGGAUCAGCCCAGAACUACACGGCAGGACCUGGUCAAUGACCUGAAGAGAGCUGGGACCACAGUCUCAAAGAAAACCAUUAGUAACACACUACGCCGUCAUGGAUUAAAAUCCUGCAGCGCAUGCAAGGUCCCCCUGCUCAAGCUAGCGCAUGUCCAGGCCCGUCUGAAGUUUGCCAAUGACCAUCUGGAUGAUCCAGAGGAGGAAUGGGAGAAGGUCAUGUGGUCUGAUGAGACAAAAAUAUAGCUUUUUGGUCUAAACUCCACUCGCCGUGUUUGGAGGAAGAAGAAGGAUGAGUACAACCCCAAGAACACCAUCCCAACCGUGAAGCAUGGAGGUGGAAACAUCAUUCUUUGGGGAUGCUUUUCUGCAAAGGGGACAGGACGACUGCACCGUAUUGAGGGGAGGAUGGAUGGGGCCAUGUAUCGCGAGAUUCUUGGCCAACAACCUCCUUCCCUCAGUAAGAGCAUUGAAGAUGGGUCGUGGCUGGGUCUUCCAGCAUGACAAUGACCCGAAACACACAGCCAGGGCAACUAAGGAGUGGCUCCGUAAGAAGCAUCUCAAGGUCCUGGAGUGGCCUAGCCAGUCUCCAGACCUGAACCCAAUAGAAAAUCUUUGGAGGGAGCUGAAAGUCUGUAUUGCCCAGCGACAGCCCCGAAACCUGAAGGAUCUGGAGAAGGUCUGUAUGGAGGAGUGGGCCAAAAUCCCUGCUGCAGUGUGUGCAAACCUGGUCAAGACCUACAGGAAACGUAUGAUCUCUGUAAUUGCAAACAAAAGGUUUCUGUACCAAAUAUUAAGUACUGCUUUUCUGAUGUAUCAAAUACUUAUGUCAUGCAAAUUAAUUACUUAAAAAUCAUACAAUGUGAUUUUCUGGAUUUUUGUUUUAGAUUCCGUCUCUCACAGUUGAAGUGUACCUAUUUAAAAAAAUUGCAGACCUCUACAUGGUUUAUAAGUAGGAAAACCUGCAAAAUCGGCAGUGUAUCAAAUACUUGUUCUCCCCACUGUAUCUGUUCAGACUCCAGUCCUACCUACAGGUUAAGGAGCAUGUGCUCUUAGUAUUUGCCCAUUAGGUUUCCUCAAGCACAAAGACCCCACUUCUAUGUCAAAGAAAAUAAAACAAAAAACAGUAUGGUAAAUACUACAGUAAUAUCCGCAAAAACUUUCCAGAAUUAGACCAGUGUUACCCUCCAGUAAUGAACUAUUGAGUGUCAGCAGCACCACUCUGCUGUGUGCCACCCAUACACGUGUGUGUGUGUGUGUGUGUGUGUGUGUGUGUGUGUGUGUGUGUGUGUGUGUGUGUGUGUAUUCUUUCUGUUUCCUUACUGUACCUUUGUUUUGAGUCCACUUCUCUUCAGUAAUUACAACCCAUUACUGUAUGAUCUGACGACUAACCUCUGUGUGUGUGUGUUAUUCCUUCCAGGAGUGGCGAUCAGCGGCUAUGCCAAAUACUGUUACCGUAAACUGCAGAAGGCUGCUCUGACCGGAGCUAAGAAGGUCUGUGCUCUGUUUCCUCUGUAACCUGACCCAAAACCCACCAUCCUUCAUAAGAAUUAUUCCCUGGUUUUUUCUCUUCUUUCUAAUCUUUGGAUGUCUGUCUGUCCGUUGUGUCUGUACCUGGCGGGGCUAUGUGCUCAUCUUCCUCCCCCGUUAGUCGUAGCGUAGUUAGCGCAGGGUUAGUUAGCUAGCUGUUAAUUGGCUGAGAGAACAGUAACCAUAGGGAGUAACGAGGUCUAUGUAGCUAACUACUAACCAUCCCCAUGGCAACAACACACACCACUUAAUUAACACCCCUCCUCACGCACGCCACACACACACACACAUACCAACACACACACACACUGUAAGGGUUGGUGUGAGGUGUGACCCAGGUGCGGUGCAGGAUAGACAGGAAGCAGUAGGCAGAGAUGGUGAAACAAGGAUCUUUACUGGUGGUCCCAAAAGCCAGGAUACAAAACAACGGACUAUUCACAAAAUCAAAUGAGGAGCACAUGGGUCUCCAAAAAACAGGCUGACAGCAAACAAUAUGAAAUACUAACUCUUACAGAAAACCACAAAGACACAGGGAGAACACUUCUCGAGUACCUGUACUACCGUCUUGUGAUCAGACACUGAUAUACGUACUGCUUGACAUAAAGGAACUAGCAGAGAAAACUGAGCAAGGGAACACAGGGAAGUAAGGCCAUAAAUCCACAGGUGAAUCAGAUAGCCACAGGUGAAACCAAUAGGCAGAUAAUUAGUCCCGACUGUGAGUGAGAAGCUGCCUAUGGUUGUCGGAGGAUGAGACCUAGUGGGUCGCUCCAGAACUGCGACCCACUCCUGUAACAACACACUAUACACACCCUGCUAAUACGGCGUACCCCACCGCCAUCUGAUUAAGAAUUCCAUAUCGGAAUGCUCCCAGGGAUGGGAAUAUGGGGCAUAAUGCCAUGCUACAUACACACACACACACACACACACACACACACACACACACACUACACACACUACACACUCACACACACACACUACACACACACACACACUACACACACACACACACUACACACACAUUCAACGGUAUGUCACCAUUGACUUGUAUUACUUUAGGCUCUUAUUUUCUGAAUAGGAAAUUAAUAAGUAGAUCAAUCAAAUGUAUUUAUAAAGCCCUUUAUACAUCAGCAGUUGUCACAAAGUGCUAUUCAGAAACCCAGCCUAAAACCCCAAACAGCAAGCAAUGCAGAUGUAGAAGCACGUGGCUAGGAAAAACUCCCUAGAAAGGCAGAAACCUAGGAAGAAACCUAGAGAGGAACCAGGCUCUGAGGGGUGGCCAGUCCUCUUCUGGCUGUGCCGGGUGGCGAUUAUAAGAGUACAUGGCCAUUAAGGCCAAAUUGUUCUUCAAGAUGUUCAAACGUUCAUAGAUGACCAGCAGGGUCAAAUAAUAAUAGGUGAAUGAGAGGAUAAGCUAAACUCCAGUUAGUCUCAUUAUUUAUCCUUUGAUUUAGUAUUUUUCUGUUUGUGUGACAAAGGACUUCCUGUGUUUCCAUUUAGCCCCUCAUUUGAAUCAUCUCCCUCUAGCUGUGUGUGUGUGUAUGUGUGUGUAUUUGUCUUAAUUUAGUUAUUGUUUCAGCAAGCGGUGUACAUAAUGCAGUGUAUUAUGAAUGUAAAUGUCUGGAGCAGGACUCCUGCUGAGACUGCUGGGACAACUCGGCACACACACACGUAUCCGCCCACACGCUCGCACACACACACACAAAUGCACAAGCACACACACAUGCUCACAUGCUUCUUAACCAGUCCACCAAUUAAAGGGGCCCUUCAGGCAAAUGUAUCCAUGAGUGUUUUUAUACCAGAUCACAACUCUACAGUCUGCCUCUGUUUGCCAGGCUCCCAGACGGAGAGGGUGUGUGUGUUGGUGCGUGCGUGUGUGCGAGAGAGGGGGGGUAAGGCUGGGAGGGUGAGGAGGGAAGGCUGGGUGUCAUGGAAACAACCUCCAGGGAGACAUUCCAUUCCGUUGUUCAUCUAUCCUGACCUAAAAAACACUAUCUGACUAACUGACUCACUAAACCAGUUCCGGUCGAUACUAGCCAGUUAGCUGUCGGUUUUAGACCAGUACCAGUCAUUAUCAGGCCACUCCACUGGUUUACAUGGGUUGUAAUAGAACGGCCUCUCUAUACUGCCCACUGGGCACAGACAUCAGUUCAACGUCUAAAUCAACAAAAAAUGUCACCAUGUCAUUGAAUUUAGGUUAAAGGUUGAGUGAAAAAAAGACACAAUUCCCUUACGUUGAGGACUUUUUUCGAAUCCAAUCAGUUUUCCACGAUGAUUCAACGACAUCACAUACAAUUUUGGGGUUGAAAUGACAUGGAAUCAACGUUGAUUCAACAAGUCUUUGCCCAGUGGUUGGUGUCCAGUGCUGAUCUCUACUCUGACCUUCUGACAUCUGACCUUUUGAAUGCCCUAGUAAUCUCUCUUUGCCCUAGUAACUCUCUCUUUGCCCUAGUAACUCUCUCUUUGCCCUAGUAACUCUCUCUAUGUCCUAGUAACUCUCUCUAUGUCCUAGUAACUCUCUCUAUGUCCUAGUAACUCUCUCUAUGUCCACCUCUCUAUGCCUAUCUGUGUACUAAACACUACACCAUGGGUGUGUAGCCUCAGAGCCAGCAGCAUUGCAGGGAAUGUUGCUAGAACAUCAGAGUAGGGUCUAGACCCCCCAUACUCAACUGGCGGACCGCGGGCCGGAUCCUGACCUAGAACAUCAGAGUAGGGUCUAGACCCCCCAUACUCAACUGGCGGACCGCGGGCCGGAUCCUGACCUAGAACAUCAGAGUAGGGUCUAGACCCCCCAUACUCAACUGGCGGACCGCGGGCCGGAUCCUGACCUAGAACAUCAGAGUAGGGUCUAGACCCCCCAUACUCAACUGGCGGACCGCGGGCCGGAUCCUGACCUAGAACAGGGUCAAUAAAGACUGCGGGUCCCCCCCCCCCCCUCCAAAAAAAAAAGAACAAAUACAUAAUAAUAAACAUUGCAUUCGGAAAGUAUUCAGACCCCUUGACUUUUUCCACAUUUUGUUAUGUUACAGCCUUAUUCUAAAAUUGAUUAAAUAACAGUUUUUUAUGCUAAGUUGUUAAAAAUAAAAAACAAAAAUACCUUAUUUACAUUAGUAUUCAGACCCUUUGCUAUGGGACUCGAAAUUGAGCUCAGGUGCAUCCUGUUUCUAUUGAUCAUUACAUUUACAUUUACGUCAUUUAGCAGACGCUCUUAUCCAGAGCGACUUACAAAUUGGUUCAUUCAACUUACGAUAGCCAGUGGGACAACCACAUUUGUAUUUUAUUUUAAUUUUUUUGGGGGUGGGGGAAGAAGGAUUACUUUAUACUAUUCCAGGUAUUCCUUAAAGAGGUAGGGUUUCAAGUGUCUCCGGAAGGUGGUCAGUGACUCCGCUGUCCUGGCGUCGUGGGGGAGCUUGUUCCACUAUUGGGGUGCCAGAGCAGUGAAUAGCUUUGACUGGGCUGAGCGGGAACUGUGCUUCUGUAGAGGUAGGGGAGCUAGCAGGCCAGAGGGGGAUGAACGUAGUGCCCUCGUUUGGGUGUAGGGUCUGAUCAGAGCCUGAAGGUAAGGAGGUGCCGUUCCCCUCACAGCUCCGUAGGCAAGCACCAUGGUCUUGUAGUAGAUGCGAGCCUCAACUGGAAGCAAGUGGAGUGUGCGGAGGAGCAGGGUGACAUGAGAGAACUUGGGAAGGUUGAACACCAGACGGGCUGCAGCGUUCUGGAUAAGUUGUAGGGGUUUAAUGGCACAGGCAGGGAGCCCAGCCAACAGCGAGUUGCAGUUAUCCAGAAGGGAGAUGACAAGUGCCUGGAUUAGGAUCUGUGCCGCUUUCUGUGAAAGGUAGGGUCGUACUCUGCGAAUGUUGUAGAGCAUGAACCUGCAGGAUCGGGUCACCGCUUUGAUGUUAGCGGAGAACGACAGGGUGUUGUCCAGGGUCACGCCAAGGUUCUUUGCACUCUGGGAGGAGGACACAAUGGAGUUGUCAACCGUGAUGGCGAGAUCAUGGAGCGGGCAGUCCUUCCCUGGGAGGAAGAGCAGCUCUGUCUUGCCGAGGUUCAGCUUGAGGUGGUGAUCCGACAUCCACACUGAUAUGUCUGCCAGACAUGCAGAGAUGCGAUUCGCCACCUGGUUAUCAGAAGGGGGAAAGGAGAAAAUGAAUUGUGUGUCGUCUGCGUAGCAAUGAUAGGAGAAACCAUGUGAGGAUAUGACAGAGCCAAGUGACUUGGUGUAUAGAGAGAAUAGGAGAGGGCCUAGAACUGAGCCCUGGGGGACACCAGUGGUGAGAGCACGUGGUGCGGAGACAGAUUCUCGCCACGCCACCUGGUAGGAGCGACCUGUCAGGUAGGACGCAAUCCAAGAGUGAGCAGCGCCGGAGAUGCCCAACUCGGAGAGGGUGGAGAGGAGGAUCUGAUGGUUCACAGUAUCAAAGGCAGCCAAUAGGUCUAGAAGUAUAAGAGCAGAGGAGAGAGAGUUAGCUUUAGCAGUGCGGAGAGCCUCCGUGACACAGAGAAGAACAGUCUCAGUUGAAUGACCAGUCUUGAAACCUGACUGGUUUGGAUCAAGAAGGUCAUUCUGAGAGAGAUAUCAGGAGAGUUGGAUAGAGACGGCACGCUCAAGAGUUUUGGAGAGAAAAGCAAGAAGGGAUACUGGUCUGUACUUGUUGACAUCGGAGGGAUCGAGUGUAGGUUUUUUAAGGAGGGGUGCAACUCUCGCUCUCUUGAAGACGGAAGGGACAUGGCCAGCGGUCAAAGAUGAGUUGAUAAGUGAGGUGAGGUAAGGGAGAAGGUCUCCGGAAAUGGUCUGGAGAAGAGAGGAGGGGAUAGGGUCAAGCGGGCAGGUUGUUGGGCGGCCGGCCGUCACAAGUCGCAAGAUUUCAUCUGGAGAGAGAGGGGAGAAAGAAGUCAAAGCAUACGGUAGGGAAGUGUGAGCAGGACCAGCGGUGUAAUUUGACUUAAUAAAUUAGGAUCCCUUCUUUUCAAAAUGGUUGAUGAACUCAUCCACAGAGAGGGGGGAGGGAGGGGGAGGAGGAGGAGUAUUCAGCAGGUAGGAGAAGGUGACAAAGAGCUUCCUAGGGUUAGAGGCAGAGGCUUGAAAUUUCGAGUGGUAGAAAGUGGCUUUAGCAGCGGAAACAGAGGAAGAGAAUGUAGAGAGGAGGGAGUGAAAAGAUGACAGGUCCGCAGGGAGUCUAGUUUUCCUCCAUUUCCGUUCGGCUGCCCGGAGCCCUCUUCUGUGAGCUCGCAAUGAGUCGUCAAGCCACGCUGGGAGGAUAGGGGACAUAGAGUGUCAAAAGAUGCAGAAAGGGAGGAGAGGAGGGUUGAGGAGGCAGAAUCAGGAGAUCGGAGGGAGAAGGAUUUAGCAGAGGGAAGAGAUGAUAGGAUGGAAGAGGAGAGAGAAGCGGGAGAGAGAGAACGAAGGUUGCAACGGCACAUUACCAUCUGAGUAGAGGCAGAGUGAGUAGUGUUGGAGGAGAGUGAGAGAGAAAAGGAUACAAAGUAGUGGUCGGAGACUUGGAGGGGAGUUGCAGUGAGAUUAGUAGAAGAACAGCAUCUAGUAAAGAUGAGGUCCAGCGUAUUGCCUGCCUUGUGAGUAGGGGGGGACGGUGAGAGGGUGAGGUCAAAAGAGGAAAGGAGUGGAAAGAAGGAGGCAGAGAGAAAUGAGUCAAAGGCAGACGUAGGGAGGUUAAAGUCACCCAGAACUGUGAGGGGUGAGCCAUCCUCAGGAAAGGAAUUUAUCAAGGCGUCAAGCUCAUUGAUGAACUCUCCAAGGGAACCUGGAGGGCAAUAAAUGACAAGGAUGUUAAGCUUGAAUGGGCUAGUGACUGUGACAGCAUGGAAUUCAAAUGAGGAGACAGACAGAUGUGUCAGGGGAAAAAUAGAGAAUGUCCACUUGGGAGAGAUGAGGAUUCCUGUGCCACCGCCGCGCUGACCAGAUGCUCUCGGGGUAUGCGAGAACACAUGGUCAGAUGAGGAAAGAGCAGUAGGAGUAGCAGUGUUUUCUGAGAUGUUUCUACAACUUGAUUGGAGUCCACCUGUGGUAAAUUCAGUUGAUUGGACAUGAUUUAGAAAGGCACACACCUGUCUAUAUAAGGCCCCAUAGUUGACAGUGCAUGUCAGAGCAGAAACCAAGCCAUGAGGUUGAAGGAAUUGUCGGUAUAGCUCAGAGACAGGAUUGUGUCGAGGCACAGAUCUGGGCAAGGGUACCAAAAAGUGUCUGCAGCAUUGAAGCUCAACAAGAACACAGUGGCCUCCAUCAUUCUUAAAUGGAAGAACUUUGGAACCACCAAGACUCUUCCUAGAGCUUGCCGCCCGGCCAAACGGAGCAAUCGGGGGAGAAGGGCCUUGGGGAGGGGGGGACCAAGAAUCUGAUGGUCGCUUUGACAGAGCUCCAGAGUUUCUCUGUGGAGAUGGGACAACCUUCCAGAAGAACAACCAUCUCUGCAGCAGUCCACCAAUUAGGCCUUUAUGGUAGAGUGGCCAGACGGAAGCCACUCCUCAGUUAAAGGCACACGACAGCCCGCUUGAAGUUUGCCAAAAGGCACCUAAAGGACUCUCAGACCAUGAGAAACUAGAUUGAAACAAUCUUGGUCUGCUGAAACCAAGAUUGAACUCUUUGGCCUGAAUGCCAAGCGUCAACGUCUGGAGGAAACCUGGCACCAUCCCUACGGUGAAGCGUGGUGGUGGCAGCAUCAUGCUCUGGGGAUGUUUUUCAGCGGCAGGGACUGGGAGACUAGUCAGGAUCGAGGGAAAGAUGAAUGGAGCAAAUACAGAGAGAUCCUUGAUGAAAACCUGCUCCAGAGCGCUCAGGACCUCAGACUGGGGCGAAGGUUCACCUUCCAACAGGACAACAACCCUAAGCACACAGCCAAGUCAACGCAGGAGUGGCUUCGGGACAAGUCUCUGAAUGUUCUUGAGUGGCCCAGGCAGAGCCCGGACUUGAACCCGAUCUAACAUCUCUGGAGAGACCUGAAAAUAGCUGUGCAGCAACGCUCCCCAUCCAACCUGACAGAGCUUGAGAGGAUCUGCAAAGAAGAAUGUGAGAAACUCCCCAAAUACAGGUGUGCCAGGCUUGUAGCGUCAUACACAAUAAGACUUGAUGUUGUAAUCACUGCCAAAGGUGCUUCAACACCUGGUCUAGACAAUCUAAUAUUCAUGUGUAAUCCAGACUACUAGCCUCCCACUGGGCACACCACGUCAUUUCAACGUGUAGAAUGGGUAAUAUUUGGUAGAUACGUUGAUCAAUGAGAUACCAACCUAUUUUCACCCACUCAAAAAGACAGCCAAAAGCUUGUUGAAUUCCCAAUGUGUUAUCACUAUGCUUUCAACCAUCUAAAAGCACAACCCAAUUCCAAUGGAAAAUCAAUGUCUGAUUUUUAGUUUAGUUAAAUGUGUUAUCACUGCUCUUUACACCAUUUAAAAGCACACCAAAGUUCAAAUUGGAAUGUGUUGUCAGAUACUUUGUUUAUUUACACAACAACCAAAUGACUUGGCUUGCAGCUAGUUGAGAUAACAUUAAUGUACCUGGUGCAAGUGAUCAAUACCAUUUGAGAUUAUUUUAGCAAUUGUGAAGAUUUCCACAGGCCUGCGACUCUGAACAUGCACGCUUUCUAUGACUACAUAAGAAGAUAUUUAUUGUUACAGUAACCUCAAAAUGUGGCCAUGGAUGUGUUACUCAUUUUAAGGAUGAAUAAAUACUGUUACAUUAGUUUGUAAAAUAGCCUUAAUAUUAUUCUAUUUACUGUCUUACAAAAGUAAUAUUGAAUUGUGUUUGGUUGAUCAACACAACCAAAUAUCAACAUUUGAAGGAGAUGUAUCUUAUGCUUGGAUCGCUACAUCUGUGCCACUGAGUCUGGCUUUAAUUCCAGUUUGUCAAAAAAAUUAUAAUUUGUAUGUUGGAUUCACAUCUCCAUUUAAACCAAAAAUCUAAGUUAAAGAAUAGGAAUACAUCAAAUUAAAUCAAACUUUAAAUGCACUUUAAAUACAGUUUUAUUUGAUUUAAUCAUAUUCUUUAACUUUUAUUUUUGGUUGAGAUGGAGACGUGAAUCCAACAUAUUUAUUAUUAACUUGUAGAUUCCAUUUGAAAUCAACCAACGCUUGAAACCCUUGGCCUAUAUGUAUUGUCUAUUUUUAGUUGAAUCGUUGGGCUGAAUUUAAACAAUAGCUGUUGAUGACUUCCCAAAUUCUGUAUAGGCCUAAAUAGUAUCAUUGAUGAUAUAUGAUUGAUAAAGUAUGGUUACAUUUCAUUUGCUCUGUUGAACCUACUCUUUGGAAUGACUUUGAUAGCAACAGAGAAUGCAUUAAGUGGAGAUUUCUCCACAGUCAUUCUCAGGAUAGCACAUUGGUAAUAGUCAGUGACAAAUAUCUAAAGCUGGGCUUGGUUAAAACCAUGGAUGGGAGACCGAAGGGAUAGCAGUAUAUAAUAAUAAUAAUAUGCCAUUUAGCAGACGCUUUUAUCCAAAGCAUACAUUUUUGUGUAUGGGUGGUCCCGGGGAUCGAACCCACUACCUUGGCGUUACACAGAUAGCUAAACUCUCCAGUAGGAGGUGCUGCUCAGCCUAUAGUUUUUUUCUUAUAGUGGAUAUUAAGUUGAAGAUCUGACAUUGUUUCAAAUGUACAAAUUCAACAUAUUUUAUGUAAGGUUUUUCUAUGUUGAAAAUUGGUUACCAUGAUGACAUAAUCCUGUGAUUGAAAUUUUACCCUCAAAACAAUAGUUUAAGCUGAUGACUUUUUUCAUAUUCAAUGUAUUUUCCAUGUAGAUUCCACAUCACAAUACGUUGACAAAUUACGUUGAAACAACGUUGAUUUAACCAGUUUGUGCCCAGUGGGCUACAUCUAGCUCAGUUAAUGUGAAAUAUUUUGAAUAUUGCAGAUAGAAAUAGAACUGACAGGAUUCCUUAUUCUAUCUGACAGAUAAUGAUAUCAGUUAUAUAUCACAAUAUAUUUCAAUUUGAAUGUUCGGUAACAUUACAUCCUCUCGAACAGGCCCCAAUGUGACCAUGGAGCAAUAAUUCUACAUCUUGUCAUGGAAUGGUGCUGUUCUCUUUCCGACCACAGGAGGGGGCCUGUGAGGCGGUAAUCUGCUGUCUACACUAUCUAUAGAGUCAGGAACAGACCGAGAGCUGAACUGAAGGAAAGGGCAGAGGAGGGAGAGAGGAGAGACAGAUGGAGAGCGAGACCAAGGGAUAGAGGGAGGAACAGAGCAAAGGAGCAGUGGAGAGGAAUUGAUUGGGAUGGAGAGGGAGGAAGCCAAAUUGACAGGGAAUGAAAGAGAGGAAGAGAGCAAAAGGAUGGAUUGAUAGUGGUGGGUAGUGUAAUGAAUUGUUUGUGUGUGUGUGUGUGUGCGCUCCUGUCUCCUAUCACCCGUGGCGAUGUCAGCUUAUGAUAGCGGGCACUGGUAGUUGGCAUAGCGUGUGUGAGGCAUGUAGCAUGUGCCAGCAUCUCUGCAGGGUGGUAAUAGAGACAGUUUGUCACUUGGUGUACUCACUCACACACCCUGAAUGUAGCCAGUAGCCUGAGGCACAGUGUUUGACUGGUAUUAACCCCAGAGCAGAGCCUCUACCGGGGGGAUUAAUAGGACUGAUUCUGCCCUUGUGAAGGAAGAGCAAACCCCCUGAACUCUCUCUUGCUAUCCCGCUCUCUCUCUCUCUCUCUCUCUCUUCCCUUUCCCCCUUCCCACUCCCUUCAUACUUAUUUUCAGUUGCUCAAUAAUUAAUUUAGAUUAAUUUAUGAAGGUCAUACCAUUAUUUUUCAGUGAAUGCGCAGUUGCUAAAUACAGUGUGUAAUGUGUGACUUUGGGCUAUGCCUCGGGAGCCGUAGUGUUAUAUUAUGGCAGAACUGCACAGCCCGCCGUUGAUUAUUCCUUACAUACAGUAUAAAACAAUACAUACAUUACCUUAAUGGCCAUAUGGGUCUUUCUAUAAAUAAUGGGGCCAACGUGUGACAUUGGGAUCAAAACUUCAAAAUGGUUUGAAACAAAAAUAAAAAAGAUUUUAAUGCAGUACCACAUGUGUACUUAGAGGAAUAAAAGUGAAUAUAUGCAAAUGGUCCCAUAACUCCACCUAUACAACAACAUACUCCUAGGACUAUACAUCUUUAAGCAGGGUUCAUACAGACAUUGUGAAGUUUUUCAAGCACUUCAUUGUAAUUUUCAUGGACUCAAUGUUAUACAAUUGUAUAAUUUAUAUACUUGUACAUAUAGGGCCUAAUUUUAGACCCCCCCCCCAAACACACACACACACACACAAAAGCAUGCAUAAAGUGUCAGAAAAGUAGGCCAUUACCACUUUAAGAAUAAUGCAUUUUUUUAUGCUUUGCCAAUGCAUUGAUAUUCAAAUUAUUAAAUAUGUGAGAAUAAUGUGGACAUGGCCUGACUAAAUAGAUUAGAUGCAUGCAUAGUGAUUCUUCUGUAGCCUUUGUGGCCGACACAGGGACACAUAAUAAAACCAUGAAUAGUGGUAGCAUUAAUCUCUCCUUUUGAAUCUCACCAUUGCUGUUUUUUAUCAUGUGAAAGUGACCAAAAACCAGGUUUUAAUGGAACAAUUUGUAUUUAAAGCCAGGUUGAAGCCAACAUUAGAUGUUGUCUUCCUCAUAAUUACCGCACAUGGUUUUACCGCAACAGAUGAUGAACGUCAAUUCGCUAGGGAUAUUAGAUCCAACGUGGAUCCAGGCACAACUGUCAUCACCGGCUUAAGGAAUGAGACACCAAAAUAUUAUGGACAUUCCUGGCGAACACUUUCUUUCCAGCACUUGGGCUGUUGUUGCAUCGCAUGUGUUAUCACAACAGCUGUUUAUCACUUCAUCAUUCGGAAAAUUCCUUCCUGGAUCAGAUGAUGAUGUGUCAAAAUAUAACAGCGUAACUAAUCAGCUGGACACCAAAUGGCAUCCAACAAGUAUUAUACGUAAUUAUUUAAGAACCACAUUAAUGACAGUAUCGAUUUAGGUUUUAAGUAUCAAGGUAAGGUGACUCUUUUGGUGAGAAGCAUUUGAUUUUGCAAUGCAUACAUUAUUUUGGAUUGCAAUGCAUACAUUAUUUUGGAUUUAUGUGCCCAUGAAAACAGUUUUCACCCCAUAACAUAAGGAGACACAAAACGUUACUUAUUUACACUGCAUUUCUGAGAUCUCUAUACAAAAAACUGUCUGACAGCUAGAUCCAGGAUUCUUACAGGUUCAAGUUCAAUGACUAAUUUACACUGAACAUCCCUGUUAGUGGGCAUUUCUCUUUUGCCAAGAUCAUCCAUCCACCUAACAGGUGUGGCAUAUCAAGAAGCUGAUUAAAUAGCAUGAUCAUUACACAGGUGCACCUUGUGCUGGGGACAAUAAAAAGCCACUCAAAAGUGUGCAGUUUUGUCAAUCAACACAAUGCUACAGAUGUCUCAAGUUUUGAGGGAGCGUGUAAUUAGCAUGCUGACUGCAGGAAUGUCCACCAGAGCUGUUGCCAGAUAAUUUAAUGUUCAUUUCUAUACCAUAAGCCGCCUCCAACAUCGUUUUAGAGAAUUUGGCAGUACAUCCAACCGGCCUCACAACCACAGACCACGUGUAACCAUGCCAGCCCAGGACCUACACAUCCGGCUUCUUCACCUGCGGGAUGGUCUGAGACCAGCCACCUGGACAGCUGAUGAAACUGUGGGUUUGGACAACCAAAUAAUUUCUACACAAACUGUCAGAAACCGUCUCAGGGAAGCUCAUCUGCGUGCUCGUCGUCCUCACCAGGAUCUUGACCUGACUGAAGUCCAGCGUUGUAACCGACUUCAGUGGGCAUAUGCUUACCAUUAAUGGUCACUGGCACGCUGGAGAAGUGUGCUCUUCAUGGAUGAAUCCCGGUUUCAGCUGUACCGGCCAGAUGGCAGACAGCGUAGCGUGUAUGGCGUUGUGUGGGCGAGCGGUUUGCUGAUGUCAACGUUGUGAACAGAGUGCCCCAUGGUGGCGGUGGGGGUGUGGUAUGGGCAGGCAUAAGCUAUGGACAACGAACGCAAUUGCAUUUUAUCAAUGGCAAUUUGAAUUCACAGAGACACCGUGACGAGAUCCUGAGGCCCAUUGUCGUGCCAUUCAUCCGCCGCCAUCACCUUAUGUUUCAGCAUGAUAAUGCACGUCCCUAUGUCGCAAGGAUCUGUAUUCCCAGUUCUUCAUGGCCUGCAUACUCACCAGACAUAUUACCCAUUGAGCAUGUUUGGGAUGCUCUGGAUCGACGUGUACGACUGCAUGUUCCAGUUUCCGCCAAUAUCCAGCUACUUCGCACAGCCAUUGAAGAGGAGUGGGACAACAUUCCACAGGCCACAAUCAACUCUAUGCGAAGGAGAUGUGUCGCACUGCAUGAGGCAAAUGGUGGUCACACCAGAUAUUGACUGGUUUUCUGAUCCACGCCCCUAACUCUAUUUUUAAAGGUACCUGUGACCAACAGAGGAAUGUCUGUAUUCCCAGUCAUGUGAAAUGCAUAGAUUAGGGCCUAAUGAAUUUAUUUCAAUUUACAGAUUUUCUUAUAUGAACUGUAACUCAGUAAAAUCUUUGAAACUGUUGCAUGUUGCAUUUUUAUAUUUUUGUUCCAUGUAACUGAUUAAUGCUUAAUAUAUGAUAUAACGACAACUUACACUGCCAUAAAUGCAAGGACAGAAAAGUAAUGUUUGAUGUCACACGAUUUUGGACAAAUCUGUCAAGACACCAACCAUGAUAAAGGGUUAAACAUAGGUUUUAAAUCAACUCGUGAAUUGUAUUGAAUAUAGCUAUGUUCCCCCUUAUAUCUUAAUGUAAUGACAUGAAAUAAAUUGGCAGAUUAUUAUCAAUGACUUAUCAACAGCUGGAACAAGUUGUCCAGCGUAGGAAAUCCUCACUGGUACCCUAGUUUAUAGAAAACCCCAUAUGUACUCUAAAUCUCUAGCCGGCACAGCCAGAAGAGGAUGGGCCAUCUCUCUGAACCUGGUUCCUCUCUACGUUUCUUCCUUCUAGGGAACUUUUCCAGGCCACUCUGCUUCUGCCUCUGCAUUGCAUGCUCUUUGGUGUUUAGGCUGGAUAACUUUAAAGCAUUUUGUGACAACUGCUGAAGUAAAAGGGCUUUAUAAAAUACAUUUGAUUGAUUGAUUAAUGAUCGAUUGAUUGAUGCAUCUGUCUGUGUUGUAAUCCAGGGGUUGCAGAAGCCGUGUCUGGAGGAGAUCAAACAUGCCAGGAACGCCAUCUUCAGCCCCUCCAUGUUUGGCUCUUCCCUGGAGGAAGUGAUGUCACUGCAGAAGGAGCGUUACCCCGACAGCCAGCUGCCCUGGGUCCAGACACGCCUCUCUGAGGAGGUCCUGGGUCUUAAUGGAGACCAAACCGAGGGCAUCUUCAGGUCAGUACCUACCUCUCACUCACUAUAACACUAGGGAGGGAGGGAGGGAGGGAGGGAGGGAGGAGUUAGUAGUAUUAGACAUGCCUGUCAGUGAAGGUCCUGCUACUCAAUGGAGACCAGACAGAGGAAGAGAGAUAAAUGAAUGAGAUAAAGGGAUUGGUAAAGGGAUAGAUAUGCUGUGAGGAAUGAAGGAGGAGUCUAAUGUGUCUCUGACCCCUGACCUCACAGGGUUCCAGGUGACAUAGAUGAGGUCAAUGCUCUCAAGCUGCAGGUGGACCAAUGGAAGAUCCCCACGGACCUGGAGGACCCACACAUCCCAGGUAAUACACACACCGUACACCAGUGGUGACUGGUGGCACUUUAAAUGGGGAGGACGGGUGCAUAGUAAUGUCUGGAAUGGAAUAAAUGGAAUGUUCUCAAACACAUCAAACACCUGGUUUCCAUGUGUUUGAUACCAUUCCAUUCACUCCAUUCCAUUCAUUAUUAUGAACCGUCCUCCCCUCACCAGCCUCCACUGCCGUACUCACACAUCCCAGGUAACACAUGAUCCACCAACCCACUGUAUAUGCUCCCUCCCCUUUCUCCCACCCUCCCCUAGCCCCAGGCCCUCUCCCUUCUCCCACUCUCCCCUAGCCCCAGGCCCCCCCCCCCUUCUCCCACCCUCCCCUAGCCCCGGGCCCUCCCCCUUCUCCCACCCUCCCCUAGCCCCAGGCCUUCUCCCACUCUCCCCUAGCCCCAGGCCCUCCCCCUUCUCUCCCACCCUCCCCUAGCCCCAGGCCCUCCCCCUUCUCUCCCACCCUCCCCUAGCCCCAGGCCUUCUCCCACUCUCCCCUAGCCCCAGGCUCUCCCCCUUCUCUCCCCACCCUCCCCUAGCCCCAGGCCCUCCCCCUUCUCUCCCACCCUCCCCCUAGCCCCAGGCCCUCCCCCUUCUCUCCCACCCUCCCCUAGCCCCAGGCCUUCUCCCACUCUCCCCUAGCCCCAGGCUCUCCCCCUUCUCUCCCACCCUCCCCUAGCCCCAGGCCCUCCCCCUUCUCUCCCACUCUCCCCUAGCCCCAGGCCCUCCCCCUUCUCUCCCACCCUCCCCUAGCUCUCCCACCCUCCCCUAGCCCCAGGCCCUCCCCCUUCUCUCCCACCCUCCCCUAGCCCCAGGCCCUCCCUCUUCUCUCCCACCCUCUCCUAGCCCCAGGCCCUCCCCCUUCUCUCCCACCCUCCCCUAGCCCCAGGCCCUCCCCCCUUCUCUCCCACUCUCCCCUAGCCCCAGGCCCUCCCUCUUCUCUCCCACCCUCUCCUAGCCCCAGGCCCUCUGCAGUGCUCUAAUUCUCUCUGAAUAUUAAUGGCCCCAACACCAAAGCAUGCUAGGAGCUGCAUCAGCAGGUCAACAUGAUUGGGAUGCCCCCCUCCACACACACACACACACACACACAUUCCCCCCUACUGCAAUUUUUUUUAAACAACAAUAAAAUUGAUUUCAUAGCAGGAAAGAAGGAGCAAUCCUGUGUGGAGGUUGGCAGAGCUUGCAGAGGUCAUCGUCAGUCACAACUCUAUUACCAACACAGAUAUGGAUGAGCACACACACACACAUAGAGAUGUGUGAUGGUGUUCUUCUGGUCUGUUCUGUGUGUGAUUAAGGCAUUAGUGUCAGGGCAUGCUGGCCAGGAUGGUAGAGGGCUUGUAGAGGGGGGCUGUGUGUCUGACCGGUCAACUGUUUCUGUCUCUUGAUUGGACUGUCAUUGAAAUUGUAAAAAAUUGACUUAACGCUGUACAGAUUUUUUUGGGGGAAUUAUUUUUAUUUAACCUUUAUUUAACUAGGCAAGUCCGUUAAGAACAAAUUCUUAUUUACAAUGACGGGCUACAGAUAGCUAGAGCCAAAAAAUAAAUUGACUAACACUGUAGAGGCAAAAAAUUACUAUUUCUCACUGUCUCUCUCUUUUCCAAUUCUACCCUUUUUCCCCCUCUCUUUCUCCCCCCUCUCCUCUUCCUUCCUCCCCUCCCCUGUUCCCCUGUUCCCCUGUCCACCCCACUCCCCAACCAGCCUCUCUGUUGAAGUUGUGGUACAGGGAGUUGGAGGAGCCGUUGAUUCCUCAUGAGUUCUAUGAGGAAUGUAUCACUCACUAUGAUGACCCUGAGGCUGCAGUCAAUGUUGUGAUGGGCCUUCCUCACAUCAACAAACUGGUGCUCUGCUACCUCAUACGCUUUCUACAGGUAACACACACACACACCACACACACACAUCAUCUGCUCCAAACUCAUCCUCUGUUCCAAAUACACACUAUCAACUUCACACAUCACCCGCUUCCUCUAGGUAUGAAAUACACCCAUCAUCUCUCUCUCUCCCCAGGUGUUUGGCCAGCCUGUCAACGUGGUGAUCACUAAGAUGGAUGUGAACAACCUGGCCAUGGUGAUGGCUCCUAACUGCCUGCGCUGCCAGUCAGAUGACCCACGCGUCAUCUUUGAGAACACACGCAAAGAGAUGUCCUUCAUCCGCGUGCUCAUCCAGCGCCUCGACACCAGCUUCAUGGACGGACUGCUAUAG